UAUUAGGAAACCUCUUUCUCUCGAAACGGUCAUGUUGGACACAAAACCCGUCCUCAAAACUCGACUGUUAAGCAUAUCUUGGCGAUUAGGGCAUGGAAACACCAUCGCAAUGAUCCCCUUUUAGUGGACUUUGUUCUUCAUCUCUGUGUUAUAGCCGGAGUGUUAUUCUCCUCAAAAUGGUGUUUUUGGUCUGUGAUUUAAGCCUAAUUCGAAACUUUUCUACUUUAGUUCCCUAGAAUCUUCUCUAUAUCUGUUAUACCAUUGCUGAUCGAAGUUUAUGUCCAAGUCGUUUGUUUAAUAUCUGCAUCGCUCUCUUUUUAGCUGUAGAAUUGAAAAAAUCUCGUUAGGUUCGCUCGGUCCUCCCUCUAGUUCUAAUGAAUACCCGAGGCAGGUAUCCUCCCGGGAUCGGCAACGGUCGUGGUGGAAAUGUUAACUCAAACCCUAACUUUCAAGCUCGAAUCCCUCAGCAGCAGUAUGUGCAGAGGAAUCCCGUCCAAAAUCAGCAGCAGUUUCAGCAACAACAAUGGCUAAGGAGAAAUCCGAUGGGAAACGAUUCUGGUUCUCACGAGGUUGAAAAAGCAGUACAGUCAGAAGCCGUUGAUUCUAGUUCCCAAGACUGGAAGGCACGCCUUAAGAUACCACCAACUGAUACACGCUACAGGACAGAGGAUGUGACUGCUACUAAAGGAAAUGAGUUUGAGGACUAUUUUCUGAAGCGUGAGCUGCUUAUGGGAAUCUAUGAGAAGGGUUUUGAAAGGCCUUCUCCUAUUCAGGAAGAAAGUAUUCCGAUUGCCUUAACUGGUAGCAAUAUUCUUGCUAGAGCUAAAAAUGGAACAGGGAAAACAGCUGCCUUUUGCAUUCCUGCACUGGAGAAAAUUGAUCAAGACAAUAAUGUUAUUCAAGUUAUUAUAUUGGUUCCAACAAGAGAAUUGGCUUUGCAGACAUCACAAGUCUGCAAGGAGCUUGGUAAGCAUUUGAAGAUUCAAAUCAUGGUUACCACAGGAGGAACAAGCUUAAAGGAUGAUAUCAUGCGUUUGUAUCAACCUGUGCAUUUGUUGGUUGGAACACCUGGCAGGAUACUUGAUCUUACAAAAAAAGGUGUUUGCGUCCUGAAAGAUUGCUCAAUGCUUGUUAUGGAUGAGGCAGACAAGCUUUUAUCUCCAGAAUUCCAACCUUCUGUGGAGCAUCUAAUUCGUUUUCUGCCUCCAAACCGGCAAAUUUUGAUGUUUUCAGCAACAUUUCCUGUAACGGUUAAGGAUUUUAAAGAUAGAUACCUACUGAAGCCUUAUGUAAUCAAUCUCAUGGAUGAGCUUACCCUCAAGGGUAUAACACAAUACUAUGCUUUUGUAGAAGAAAGACAAAAGGUCCACUGCCUAAAUACUCUUUUCUCCAAGCUUCAAAUCAACCAGUCAAUUAUAUUUUGCAACUCAGUGAAUCGGGUGGAACUGUUGGCUAAGAAGAUUACAGAACUUGGAUAUUCAUGCUUCUAUAUUCAUGCUAAGAUGUUGCAAGAUCACCGUAACCGGGUAUUUCAUGACUUCAGAAAUGGUGCUUGCAGGAACCUUGUUUGUACUGAUUUGUUUACAAGGGGAAUAGACAUUCAAGCAGUCAAUGUUGUUAUCAACUUUGACUUCCCCAAGAACUCCGAGACUUACCUGCAUAGGGUUGGUCGAUCAGGAAGGUUUGGACACCUUGGAUUAGCUGUUAAUUUGAUCACCUAUGAGGACCGUUUCAACUUGUACAGGAUUGAACAAGAGCUUGGGACUGAAAUCAAGCAAAUUCCUCCACAAAUAGACCAGGGUAUUUACUGCAGGUGACAUGUGGCAGGAAUCUCUCCCUCAACAAUGGUGAGUAAGGCAAAGAUCUGGCUGGUGUACACUCCGAGGAAUAUAUAGUUUGGUUAAGCUUCCUCUGCCCAGAAGGGUAUAUCUUUGAGCCGAAUUAUUGUGGUUUUUCUUGAAUCUAGUAUUCAGGGAAUUGUGGUACAGCACAUGCGACACUUUUUUCAUGAACAUUAUAUGCUGGAUCCUCAUGUUUUGUGAUUCUCUGCUGUAUGUGUAACUCUGUAGUUUACAUAAUGCUGAAACAUGCAUUAGGCUGCGAGAAGCAGCUUUAGAAUGGUUUAUACAUCCAGAGGAUUGGAUCUUUUGUGCUGACGUAAAAUUACUCUGUGCUUUUGUUCAUCUGGAUAAGAUUUGCACCAAUCAAAUUUCUGGUACU